GACAACAAGAUUAACGCACAUUACACUUUGGCUCAAUCCACUUUCAAAUUUGACGUGACAACAGUCAUUUUUGGCAAGGAACGCCAGUUCUCCAUUGAAGCUAAGUAUCCAUCUCUGGAGAACCUCCAGGGUGUAGUUGCUGUUACUCUGGAAGGUGAAAAGCACAUGGUUAGUGGAAGCCUGAACAUCGUUAACAAUCGCAUCCAAGGAGCUAUGGAUUUGGAAUCUGAUCUUAUUGAGGGGCCACGGAAACUGGUCUUCGAUGUUUCCAUGCCAACUGCUUCCUAUAAGCAAGUCUCAUUUAAUAUCGUCUUCACUAGCAGUGACCCUCACUCCUUCUACCUGGAUUUGGAUCUAAGAACUGGGCUUCAAGCUACUGUAAAGAUUGAUACACCCGUCUUCCCGAAAGUUACCACUACCCUGCAAGUAGCCCCUGCUGUUGCUGGAAUCACCAUUGAGACCCCAAAGGAACACACAAGGUUCAGCUUAGCUGGCGCCAGACUCGUAGAAUGCCGUCUGACUGGAUUGCUUCCCUCGAGCUGAUCUCUCCAUUACUGCCUGAGAACUACCUCUUCAGUGUUAACCUUGGAAGUAAACACAUCAAGGCUGAGCUGCAAACAGGAAGCAUAAAGCACGCUCUUGAGGCAAGGACCUCAGUGUCUAACUAUGGAGGUGAAUUGUCUCUCAUGAUUGACACACCUUUGAAAAUAUCAACAAAGUUACACUUGAUGCCUCACUCAACUUCCAGAACAAUGUUGAGAUGUAUAUCACAGCCAACUUUGCCAACACUGUCAAUUCCUUCCGGUUCAAUUUGGACAAGGAAAACAGGAAGUUCGUCAGCAUUGUGGAAUCUCCAUACGUUCCAACAGGAAUGGCUGAAGCUGAAGCUAUGCUCACAGGAAAUACAAAGAACAUGCAAAUGAAGAUGGCAUUGAAGAAUGCUGAAGACACCAUCUCUGGAAUCCUCAACGUUAAGAUCGAAUCUUCACAGAAUGUCAAUACCAACCUCAAGAUUCUUACGCCAUUCAAGGGUUACAAGAAGAUGAACUUCGGUGCCCGCUACCUUAAAGAUGAGGUGACCAACAUUUCCGUGUAUGCCGACAAGCCUCUCAAGUUUAAGGCAGAACUUCAGUUUGGAAACACCGAGGAUGCCGUGGCAGCCAACUUGGUUGUUGAAACUCCCAUCGAAGACUUCGAGAGGAUCGAAGCCCAAAUGAAGGUUCCCCUGUACAGGUUUGCUCCAAGGUGAUGCUGACUCUCCCUCACAACCGCUACGGUUUUACCGCAGAUUAUUGGCAGCGACUCUUUCUCUCAGAAGUUGUCUGCUGGGCGUGACGGUGAACGAAGAGUCGUAUGACGGAUACUACUCUCUGAGAACAAAGGCACCUUACGAGCUGGCUUACGGCUA